CCUACACAGGCAAUGGCUGGGGCAGCUAUCCUCCCCGUAUGGGGCCUUUGCGGCAGACAGGCAGUUAGGCGGACACCUAAGAACAGGAAAGGCCUCGUGCUGUGAGAGGAGACUAGGCUAUUGGCGCUGGCGCUCGUGUCCGGUUGCAGCCAUGGAUGAUGAUGAGGAGACUUACCGGCUGUGGAAGAUUCGGAAGACCAUUAUGCAGCUAUGCCAUGACAGAGGAUACCUUGUGACCCAAGAUGAAUUGGACCAGACAUUGGAUGAAUUCAAGGCACAGUUUGGUGACAAGCCAAGCGAGGGCCGACCUCGGCGAAAUGAUCUCUACAGUGUGGUGGCUCACAAUGAUGAUCCCACAGAUCAGAUGUUUGUGUUUUCCCUGGUAGAGGAACCAAAGGUUGGAAUAAAGACCAUCAAAAUGUACUGUCAGAGGAGGCAGGAAGAAAACAUCACCAGGGCCAUCAUUGUGGUGCAGCAAGGAAUGACAACAUCUGCCAAGCAGUCACUGGUAGAUAUGGCUCCCAAAUAUAUUCUCGAGCAGUUUCUGCAGCAGGAGCUUCUGAUAAACAUCACAGAACAUGAGGUAAUGGUUCCUGAACAUGUGGUCAUGACAAAGGAUGAAGUCACAGAGCUGCUAGCAAGAUAUAAACUCAGAGAAUCACAGCUUCCUCGUAUACAAGCUGGAGAUCCGGUUUGCAAGAUAUUUGGGCUAAAAAGGGGUCAGGUGGUAAAGAUCAUUCGUCCUAGUGAGACUGCUGGCCGCUACAUCACGUAUCGCCUGGUGCAGUGACGUGUCCUCAAGACGAUUCAACAUUUAUUUUUAUUAUUAUUAAAAGCUACAUGUGUUAAGAUUCGG